UCUUUCUUGUCCGUAACCUUCAUUUCAGUGCUGUGCACUUUUCGAUUCGGUCAAUCCCAUCUUUAUUCUACCUACCUGUAAUCCUUCUCGUUCUCUCCUAGGUGUUUACAGGAAAGCGACCCAUAACCUCAAAAUGCGUUACACAACCAUCACCCUCCUUGUUAUUGGUCUCCUCACAGGCAAUGCCUUGACUGCACCUGCUCCUCAGUUCGGCGGUGGUGGCGGCGGCUUCGGAGGUGGCCGUGGCGGCGGUGGUGGUGGCGGUGGUAGAGGUGCCGUAGGUGGUGCAGGCGGCGGCGGUGGCGGCCGAGGAGGCUUCGGCGGCGGUGGUGCUGGUGCUGGUGCCGGAGCCGGAGCUGGUGCUGCUGGUGCCGGUGGUGCUGGAGGAGCUGGCCGUGGAGGCGGCGGUGGCGGCGGCGGCGGCAACAGAGGUCAGAAUGCCGGCCAGAACGGAGGCGGCAACAACGCCGGCAACAACAAUGCCAAUGCCGGCAACGCGAACGCCGGCCAGAACAACAAUAACAACAACCAGGAUGAUGCCGCUGCGGACGAUGCGGCGGCUGAUGCCAACAAUGGCAACGCGAACAACAAUAACCAGAACAAUGGCAACAACAACAACAACAAUAACAACCAGGACAACGCAAAUGAUAAUGCGAACGCCGACGACAAUGCCAAUGCUGAUGACAACGCCGAUCAAGCAGCGGACGCGGACGCGGCAGCCGACUUUGUUGGCCUGGCUUGCACCGAUGGAACUGGUGCGGGCGCUUGCCUGGCAGACGGCCAGUGCGACGUCAAUGGCGACGUCAAGGUUGUCGCAGGUCAGUGUGGCCAGGCCGCUGCCGACGCCUAAGAGCAGGCGGUGAUAUUGUUGU